AUGCCAUCCAUCCAAAGCCGCGCCGUGCGCAUCGGAGGAUGCGAAGGAGGGAUUACAGACCAUCACGGUGUCUUAGCACGCAUGGCCCAGAACGAGGAUGUGGAUGUCAUCUUUGGCGACUGGAUGAGUGAGUAUAACAUGACAACUCGCGGCGUGGAGAAGGUACAAGACCCAACGGCGCCUGGCUAUGAAGCGGUCUUCCUUCAAUCGCUGGAGCCCGCCUUGGAGCACCUGGCCGCCAAAAAAAUCAAGCUCGCCGCCAACGCCGGCGCCUCGGGCACUGAGCUCCUGACCAAACACGUCAGGGAGAUUAUUGCGCGGAAGGGCCUGGAUCUAAAAGUGGCUUGGGUGUCCGGUGACGAAAUCCCCAUCGAAGACCUGAAAAACCUGCACACAAAGGGAGACAAACUGCAGCGACUUACGACAGACAAAGACUUUUCGACCUGGGAGUUCGAUCCUAUCUACGCCCAGUGCUACCUUGGAGGUCGGGGCAUUGCGAAGGCUUGGGCCGAGGGUGCUGAUAUUGUCCUUACCGGUCGAGUCUCGGACCCAGCUCCUGUGAUUGCGGCUGGCAUCUGGUGGCAUGGCUGGAAUGAGGACCAACUGGACGAGCUCGCCGGCGCCCUGGUCUGCGGCCAUUUGAUCGAAUGCGGCGCAUACGUCUGCGGCGCCAACUGGUCGGGAUUCAAAUCGCUCGGGACUGGAAAGAACAUCAUCAAUCUCGGCUAUCCAAUUGCAGAACUUGCAAAAGAUGGUACGUGCAUCAUCAGCAAGGAGCAAGGAUCAAAGGGCGUGGUGUCGACCGAAACCUGCAGAAGCCAGCUUUUGUAUGAGAUCCAGGGUCCUUGGUAUUUCAACUCGGAUGUUGUCGCCGACCUCACGAACAUCAGCAUGGAACAACUCGGCCCAGACCGCGUCAAAGUUUCGGGCGCAAAGGGCCUCCCGCCUCCACCUACGACCAAGGUCGGCAUUACAGCGAUCGGUGGGUACCAGGCCGAGACUCACUUCUACGUGGUUGGUCUUGAUGUCGAGGAGAAAGCGGCCAUGUUCGAGACUCAGAUCCGAGAUGUCCUCCCACUCGACAAAUACCACUGCUUCAGAGUGUCUCUGAACGGCAGGCCACCUAACAAUCCACGCAGUCAGGAAUCCGCCACCUGCGACCUGCGAGUCUUUGCGCAGGCGCGCAAUGUCGAUGAUUUGCAGACCUCAGUCUUCCUGCAGCCCGUUGUGGACACCGUGAUGCAGACGUAUCCUGGCGCGCAGUUCUCUCUGGAUAUGCGCCAAGGCACCCCGAAGCUGUACUAUGAAUUCUGGGUGGCACUGAUCCCUCAAGGAGUCGUCUCCCACCGCCUGCACUUCUCGGACAAGACAUUCGACAUUCCCGUCCCAACAAAGACCCAGACUUACCCACGCCAUCAGCCGUCGUACGAUCCUGAAAACCCGCUUCCGUUGACAUCUUGGGGCCUCACGACCAUGGCUCCCAUGGGGUACAUUGUGCAUGCACGCUCCGGGGACAAGUCGUCCAACUGCAACGUUGGCUUCUACGUCCGCUUCGCUGACGAGUGGGACUGGCUCCGAUCGACGCUGACAAUUGCCAAAGUCAAGGAGCUUCUGGGCGAUGAUUACAAGGGUGGUUUGGUCGAGAGAUUUGAGCUCCCCAACCUCUGGGCCGUUCAUUUCUUGUUGCUUGAUCACUUAGAUCGUGGAGUUGCCAGCAGCAGCACGUAUGACAUUCUCGGGAAGAAUGUCGCGGAGUAUCUGCGGGCCAAGCAUGUUGAGAUACCCACUCGUUUCUUGGAGAGAGGGAAAAUCUAA